AUGACGAGGAGGAAGGAGCUGCAGAGGGAGCAGGUGAUGAAGAGGAGGUCUCAGACAGUGAUGAAGAAGAGAAGAAGACCAAACAGAAAGCAGCCUGGAGGGUCUUCCUGUCCAGACAGGAAGUGUGUUCCAGGUAUAAUCUACCUGGGUCACAUCCCUCCGAGGCUCCGCCCAAAACACCUGAGGAACCUGCUGUCAGCCUAUGGGGAGGUGGGACGCAUCUUCCUGCAGCCAGAAGAUGGGCAGGUGCGCAGCAAAAAGCGGCGUGGGAGCUGUAGGGGGGGUUCCCGGCGCUGCGACUUCACAGAGGGCUGGGUGGAAUUCAGAGACAAACGCAGAGCGAAGGUGGUUGCUGCGUCGCUGCACAACACACCAAUGGGAACCAGGAAACGCCAACGCUUCUCCUCGGACCUGUGGUCCAUCAAGUACCUGCACAGGUUCCAGUGGACUCACCUGUCGGAGCGCCUGGCCUUUGAGCAGACGGUGCAGCAGCAGAGAUUGAGGACAGAAGUUUCUCAGGCCAAAAGAGAGACCAACUUCUAUCUGAACAACGUUGAUCGGAGUGCUCACCUGGACAACGUGAGGAAAAAGAGACAGAGGGACGGACAGCAGGUGGACGAGAGGACGUGGGACUUCACUCAGCGUCAGACGGAGGAGGAGAUCCAGAUGAGUAAGAGGAAGAAGAAAGACUCUGUUUCCCAGAAGCACCUGGACAAAGCCCGCCUCAUACAGCAGAAGAGCCAAUCAAACGUCUCAUUGCUAGCAAAGAUCUUCAACUCCAAACAUCAGAGCGACUGAUUGGCUGUUGGACAGGAGUGUUUCCAUGGAAACAGAAAGUAGUAUGAGUUUCUGAUACACCUUAUUCACCAAACACUGAACAGGGGGUCGAGCCAACAUGUUCACCUGUGCCCGCCCUAACGAGGUCGUUAAGUUUCAUGUACCAGCUUUAACGAGCUUUGUUUAGUAUUUUGCAGGGUUUUGUUGUUUUGUUGCCUCUCUGUGAAAUGUUGUAAAUAAAUUUGAGUGACAGAAGCCUGAA